CAGAGAAACUGACUUGUCAUGCAGUCAGUGUGGUUGGGAAGGCCUCUGGAGAAUAGAUUUCACUGAAUCAAAUCAGUUAUUUGGGUUGCGUGAAUAUACUUUGAGUCUGGAUUUACACACUGAGACGGUGUCUGAUUCUCUGAAUAAAGCAGGAGGCCUGCUAGAGAUGAGGGGUGACUGAACACAGCUGGAAGAAAUAACGAGGAGUCCUGAAUUCUCUGAGGAGCGACAGAUGAGCUUAUAAAGGAUCUCUGAGCUGGUAAGAUGGAGGAAGCAUACAGUGAACUGUACGAGCAGUUUCUUCGCCUACGGUCACUUUGCCUGAGACAGGCAGCUCUGCUACAUCAACUGACAACAGCUCUGCAGAAACAGCAAGGUGCCACUCUUCCUAAUGGAGAUUUAAGUGAUAUGACAUCUAUCUCCAUCCAGUGUACCCAAGAAAUCCCUGUAUCUCUCCAUGAAGAGCCUCAACCACUAACAGCCACAGCGCUCAACCCACAGUGUGGCAUCAAUCGCCUCUCUAGAAACGUGGGGACUUUUUCUGAUCUCCUCGCUGAAGAUAUGUCUAAGCUGUGUGUGGAAGGGGCUCGUCAGAGGAAAGAAGAUGGGGCGGUGGAGCAAACGGUGGUUCCCCUGUUAAGCCUUGACAUCACAAGGUGUCAAGGAGCCUCUUCCAGUGUCUCAAAUAAUCCGAGGAUGGAAGAUCACACAGUUGGUAAGCCUGUGACAGACAGUCCCUGCCAUGCUGGACACUUCCCGAGUCAGUCUGAUGGGUUGCUGAUGUCAGACGUGGCACUGCAGUCUCACGUGUGUGACUUCUGCCAGGCAGUUUUCCCCGGAGACUCAACCACCAGAGGAGAGUUCCUGCGACACCUUUACACCCACGUCACCUAGACUGAUCUGUCUUUUCCUCCUGACACAUGAGCGAUAUUUUACAUGACAUGCAGUGAUUGAGGAGGUGUAACUCAGUUAACCUGAUGUCUGGAAACAGCAUUUAAAUCCACCUGCGCUUCAUAUUGUUAGCUAUCUGCUUAUGGAUGAACUGGGCAGAUGCUGGAAACUGUUUCUCUGUUUCCGACUGUUUCUGAGUUGUAAAAUGAAGGAUGGGAAUUUUUCAAGAGAUUGUAUUUGUAAAGGCUCAGUUUACCUACAUUAAAACCAACACAUCCACAGUAAUUGUAUUUAGCGGUGGGUUUAUGUGUGCAGGUAUUGGCAUAUCCAUCCCCAUACUUUUCUGUAUCACUUUGUAUAAGUCAGUUUUUUCAUUACAACAUAAUGUCAACCUAACCCAAACCGAACUGGGGCAGAUUGCACCCUAUGAUGUGCUUUUACUCUUAUAGUUUCGCCUGAGAUCUUAUGAUUCAUCAUAAAGGCAUCCUUACUUUAUGUACCCUGACUGUGAUCCCCCCCAGCUGCUUUAAUGUAGCCUUUAGCCAAUCCCUGUGUUUUCCUCCUCUUCCCUGUCCACCUCCCCCAGCUGUGUGUUCUCCUAAUUACUUCCCUGUGUAUAUGUAACGUGUUGUCGUCUGUGAUCCUGCACUGUUGUCCUGCCUGUUAUUUCCACCGUCGGUGUUCCAGUCUUCAGCCGAGGUCUUCCUUUAUCUUCAGUGGUUUGAGAUUUUUAUUCAAUUUUUUUAUUUGUACUUUGUGUUUUUGUUGCUUGCUUGUUUUUUUGGACAUCUCUAUUGACAAUAAAGCUUGCGUUUUGUUUUUA